UGCUCCAUAAAAAAGAAAACGCAGUGGAGCCUGAGCCGCCACUUCCGCCGCAUCAUCACGGUCGCCGUCGUCUCGCCUGCAAAGGAGCUGCAGUUAUUUGCAAGAGCAAGGCCUGCUAUAUCUGUGCCUCUGCCAUGUCUGACGGUUUCCGGUGCUGGGCAGACCUCCCGGACGGACUGCUGGACUCUAUCAUUGCUCGGCUGGGCGCUUCCCGUGAUCUUUUUGCCUUCGAAGCCACCUGCCGCUCUUGGCGUGCCGCGUUUUCUUCAUGUCCAGCAGGCUUCCCACCUCUCCUUCUCCAGCCUGAUGUCUCUUUGUGCUCUUCUCGUUCUCCCACCUUCAGAAAGAGCCUGGUGCCCACACGCCCAUGUCAGGUCACUGAUAUAGCCAACCGAGACACCACUCGCCAGUGCUUUGAGAUUCCCAUAUUUUGGAUUCCGCGUGGAAAGAAAGCCCUGCCAAGUCCUCUAGAAAACUUUUGCUUCAUUGGGGCUUCCUACGGUCAUGUUAUUUUUUUCAACAAUAAAUCAUGUGUACUUUUUGAUGUGUUCACAGGUGUGACUACCUCGUCUCCACAACUACCGGUAUUGGGAGUCGGUGGCCCCAUCUAUGGUGCGCUCACUGCUCCUCUAGGAUCAGCGAACUCAUAUCUCAUUAUUGAAGCCGGGUCACAAAACCUGUUUUGGCGUGUUGGUAGCCAAUCUUGGGUGGCACAUUCUCUUCGUCAUGGAGCACUCAAGCAAAUCGUGGUAUUCCAAGGGCAAGUCUUUGGCAUGGAUUCUGAUCGUAGGCUCUUCAAAGUGCACCUGACACCCAAGAUAAGCAUACAAGAACUUCCAGUUACUGAGUCAAUCAUGAUCGCUAAAUGGCAUCUUUCCGACGCAUUGCUGGUGGCAUGUGGCGAUAUGCUUCUCUUGGUGGCCAUGCAGGGAAAUACUUUACUAACCUUUGAGGUGUUCCAACUUGACCUAUCGACUGAGCCUGCAUUAUGGCUGAAGGUGGAGAGGUUAUUGCAUUGGGCGAUAUUCAUCAGCCAUGACAAGAGAAGUCAGGCAUUGUCUUGCAUGAACCCAAAUAAAUGGGGAGGACGGAGCAAUUGCAUAUACUUCUAUGACCGAUGGUCUAAACGUUGGAUCGCUUUUGAGUUGGGCAUGCCGGGGCACAUAUAUGGGUAUGUUACCGGUGACUGUGACAGAAGGGUGCAACCCAUGUGGUUUUUCCCCAGCAUGCUCUCUCUGCACCGCUGAUGAUGAAGAACGUGUUGUAUUCCUGAUAUAUCUUAAUUGGAGCAGAUUCUGUAAUUCGAAGGAUGUGUAAGAAUCUCUCAACCUUUUGUAACUGUGGUCGAUCUAUAUUAAGAUGUUGGCUAUGAACCUCCUGCUUCUGCAUCCAUUGCACUGGUGUUCAUCCUGUGCUAUUUUCAUGGACGUGCAUGUAGUGAAUCAUUUUUCUGUGCUAAGUUGGUGUUUACCUUUGAGACAACUUGUGUUUUCUCAACCAAGUAGUAGAUCUUCCAUGCGAGUUGCUCUUCCAAUAAGCCUGCUACUAUCUGUAGGGAUGC